GUUAUUAUACAUUCCCUACUCUGAUUGUUAUUUACUUGCUUUGAAAUUCCUAAUUAACAGGUGCUAGAAAAAUAGUUUAUUUAAUAAUGGUAUAAAUGAUCUGAGAGCCGCUAGAUGUGUUCAGACGUCUUUGUACCAAUCAGAGAUGUUGCGGUGGACUUGUGUGCUGGUUGUUUGCUUGGGUUUGGGAGGAGCCUUUGCAGCAAAUUCUCAUGAGACUGGCGCUGGAUCUACCCCUGGUCAAAAGUCAACAUCAUGUCCUUGCGGUAUGUCUAAGAAAGGAAGAAUCGUUGGAGGUACCGUGGCGCUACCAAAUGAGUACCCAUGGAUGGUAAUGUUGACGAUGCGUUACAGUAAUGAGGUCCUGUGCGGAGCUUCCGUCAUCAACGAAAAGUUCGCUAUAACAGCCGCUCAUUGCACCCAUACUUUGCCCAGCUACUUAAAGCUCAGCAUCAUCGCUGGAACAUCCGAUGUUAACAAGCCUGGUCAGGUUGUGCCCGUGAGCAGGUGGAUAGAGCACGAGAAAUACGAUGGUCCUGAAGAUGAUGCGUCGAAGACUGUCAAUGACAUCUGUCUUCUGCAGUUAGCAAGUCCUCUUAAAUUCAACCCCAACGUAGGACCAAUCUGCAUGCCUACCGGCAAAUACAACAUUGAUAAUCAGUGGGUCAAAUUAACUGGUUGGGGUAAACUUGGAGGCUACCUUCCCGCCACCAAACAGCUGAGGGAAACAGAUGUCAAAAUGCUGCCAUUCAGGACCUGCCAAAGGUUGUUCCCUCUGAAAGCUCCCCAAACACAGAUAUGUGUCCAGGCUCCAGGCAGGGGAGGCUGUAUGCAGGUUUCCGCUCCAGCUCACAAGGCCAGAUCAACCCAGCAGUCGCUGCAAAAGAACAUUCCAGAGUUCAUCUCUGCCUCGUAUUGUCCCUCAGGAAGCCCUGAUCUCAACCCACUAGAUUAUUGGCUUUGGUCUGAACUGGAGAGGACAGCAUGCUGCAGAGCACACCUUAACUUGGAAAGCCUCAGACAAUCACUGGUCCGAGAAGUUGAGCGCUUUCCUCAAGAAGUGCUGCAUGCUGCUAUUGAUGACUGGUCACGGAGAUUAAAUGCCUGUGACAUAGAUAAUGAAAUAUUUUGUUCCAAACAGAUGUUGCGGUGGAUUCGUGUACUGGUUGCUUGCUUGGGAUUGGGAGGAACAUUUGCGGCAAAUUCUCAUGAGACUGGCAUAGGUUGUAAACCUGGUCCUAAGGCAACAUCUUGUCCUUGUGGCAUGUCCAAGAAAGGAAGAAUCGUUGGAGGGACCAUGGCUCUGCCAAAUGAGUAUCCAUGGAUGGUAAUGUUGGUUAAAGGUGAUAGUAGAGAUGUAAUGUGUGGAGCUUCCAUCAUCAACACUAAGGUAGCCAUAACAGCCGCUCACUGCACCCAUACUUUGCCUAGUGAUACAAAACUCAAUAUCAUUGCCGGAACUUCAGAUGUUAACAAACCUGGUCAAAUUGUACCCAUGAGCAGUUGGAUAGUGCACGAGGAAUUUUAUACUCAUCAAUAUUAUCCGGUGAGGACUAUCAAUGACAUCUCUCUUCUCCUGUUAGGAAGUCCUCUUCAAUUCAAUCCCAAUGUAGGACCAGUCUGUCUUCCUACUGGCAAAUACAACAUCGAGAAUCAGUGGGUAAAACUAACUGGUGAGCUUCAAUGA